UGAUGAAGGAAUUUUGGCCUCUUCAUCUGUCACAGGAAAUAUUAUAGAUCAUAUAGAAUGAUACAGGCACAAAUUAAGGUGUGGUCAGAGAGGUUCACAUCUUAAAGGGGUGACCUUUGAGUAGGUCCAAAUGAAGUGAGGGGGCAAGGCUCUAAAAUAGUUGGGGGCGGAACCGUACAAACAAUCCAAAGACUCUAAGAUGUAAGAUUGCAUGCUUUGUUUGAGGAAGACUAAGAAGGCAUGGGGGCUAGAGCAGUCAAUGAGGUAGGAAAGGAAAUCAGAGGACUAGUCAGGAAAGUGAAGGUGUGGCAAAUAGUUUGAAUCUUAUUUAAAGUAAGGUAGUGUGCUGGUGAGGAUCCAGCGGGUAAACAAAGCCUAUGGCAGAUCAUUAAAUGGAGGGAAUUUAGUAUAGGAAAAUGGAGGGAAUUUAAUAUAGGAAAAUAUUUAUAAAGCAGUUGGACAGCCCAAAAGGUAACAGGAGAAAGAAGACAGCACAGAGAUGAUCAAAACAGAAAGCUUGUGCCAUUCCUAGAGAUGGAGGGACUGAGGGAGGAGGAGGGGUCCCCAGAACCACAUGCUGGGAACUGGAACGACAGUGGAUGGUUCCUGGUGGGAGCUGGGAAGAAGAGGCAAUUGUGUGGCAGGACCACAUUGUAUGUGCAGCCAUGGCAAGAGAUAAAGUCCGAAGCAGAGAGAGGGAAGAAAAAACACCAUGCUUCUCCCCUCUUCCCACCUUCCAAAUAUCAAGCCAGUUGCUCCCAUUGACUAAACCUAACUGAAAGUGGGUUGGCCAUGGAACCUAUGAAAUGUGUUUUGCAGGAAUUAUGGGCAGAGCAGGGAAAGGCCAUGGAGACCAAAGAGGAAAAUGAUUGUGGAAGAAACCAGAUUGACCAUGGCAUAGAAUCACAAUAUCUGGGGACAGAUGUUUCUCAUAUCCAAAUAAAAAUAUGAUUUGUUAGCACAAUAUUCUGUAGAGAGUAAAUGUAUCUUAUCCAAUUUGUGUCAGUCUCCUUACUGUACCAUGUGGGUAGGAUUUCUCAGAUAAAUUAUCAGUAUGAAACUACAUAUGGAAGGGUUUGGUAGGAAGGGGAAGGAUUUUGGAAAAAAGGUUUUGAAGAAAGAAUUGAGUUUACUUUAAUGCAUAUAUUGACUAGGGAGAUACAACUUCCCACUUGCUUAUCUAUAAUGCUAAAAACCAAAUAUCUAUAAGAUAAAAUAUUUUUAUUAGUUUGGCUCCAAAACCUGAACUCAGUUGAUUAUGAGUUUGGUUUUAUAUAUUUUGCUAAGGAAAUAUUGUUGUGCUUAGUUAUAGGGUGAACCACCACCAAAUUCCACUAUUAUUGUUAACUUAUGAAUAUGCACAAAUUAUAUUUUAAAAGACAAAAUUGUGAAUCUCUUAAUACAUUUAUUUCCAGGGAUUUUGGAUACAGAAUUGGGGGCUAUAUUUGUAUUUUGCACAUCACUUAAUUUUCAGUUCUAUCUCUUUUAAAGAAAUGGUGAGAAACCACUGUAUAAAAGAACAACCUCUGAUCUAUUCUGCUUGAUUUCUCUGUCUGUCUCUCCAUCUCUCUUAGUUUUUGGCUAUAUUGGUGUUAUUGGUACACUAUGAUAGUGAUGUUGCAUGUUAACCUGGAUUAGAAUAACAUUUUCUUAUUUUCAAAAAGACGUUACUAUUUACAAAAUAAGCUCUCACCUUUAGAUCAUGUUCUUGAUAAAAUUAACAUUUAAGUAUGGUGUCUUGCUACCUAUUGCAAAGAAUGGGUUGCUUCUUUUAAAACACCCAGCAAAAUCAUGACUGAUUCACUUGUAUUCCUGGAAUGAUUUUUGCCAUAUACUGACUUCUUUUUCCUCUCACAUAAAUUGACUGUCUAUUUUGAAAACUUUCUGUUCCAGUCACUGUGUUGUUAUAAUAACAGUUCAGGAGGAGCUCAGGGAGAAACAAUUCUUUUCACAAACUUUUAUAUACACAGGCACUCCAGUAACUUUUGUAUUGUAUUAUUUAACCAUAUUAUUUCUCCAUGGCAGCUUAAAUGUUAGUUUUUUGUGUCCUUACUUAUUUACCUUUUCCAUCUAUAAAAUAUGCUACUGGUAAGCAUUCUAUCAGGAGAAAAGUCCAGAUAAAAGAAGACCACAUCUAAAAUAUAACUCCAGUAUUUACAGUCUAAUCAAUGAUUUAUGAUCUUCAUGUUAUUUUUCUUUGUGUUUGGCUCUUUCCUCUAACUUCCUCCUCUCUUAGUGGGUAAAUGCUGUCAUAAUUCUGAAUUUAGUGUCAUUUCCUGUGGUCAUGUUUGCCCAAAUGAUAAUGACACAGAUAAUGACAUUAAAGUGAUAAUGAUAUCCACAUCCAGGCUUGCAAACCUCACUUUUGGUCUCCUUGUCUCCUCCUUAAACUUUUUUUUUUUUGAAGAUUUUAUUCAUUUAUUUGACAGAGAGAGACACAGUGAGAGAGGGAACACAAGCAGGGGGAGUGGGAGAGGGAGAAGCAGGCUUCCCACUGAACAGAGAUCCUGAUGUGGGGCUCGAUCCCAGGACCGCAGGAUCAUGACCUGAGCCGAAGGCAGACGCUUAACGACUGAGCCACCCAAGGAGUCCCAUCUCCUCCUUAAACUUUAUCUUCUGUUCCAUGACCAGAUUUAGUUCAGGCUACUGGAUUUUGGAAAUGUAUAGGUUAAUUGAUCUUCACUGGACAAGAGAUCAGUACGAAAACUAAAAGCCUCCAGCUCAGCUCUGUGAACCAACACAACACCAUCCUUCUUGAUUAAGCACACAUUGUACCUUACCGGCAUCGAUACUGGAACAUUUCUCAUGGCAGCUUCUCAGACCACUCCAUGGAAUUUGAUUUCUGGGAUCUUAGGAGUAAUCUGCCUUUUUUUGAUGGCUACUAUAGGAAUUUUGUUGAAAGAUUUAUAUCCCAAACAAAGUAUUCAGCCAACAUUGUCUCCAGAUGCAAUCACAGAACUCCAGAAAGGCCCUAACUGUUGUUCUUGCCCAGAAAGGUGGAUUGGGUACCACUGCAACUGCUACUUCUUUUCUGGUGAAUUAAAAACCUGGAAAGAAAGUCGUGAUUUCUGUGUGUCUCAGAAUUCCAGUCUACUUCAGAUUGAAAACGGAGAUAAAUUGCAUUUUAUGAGCUCCAUUAAAUAUUUUUACUGGAUUGGACUCUCUUACCAUAAAGAAUGUGAUGCCUGGUUGUGGGAAGAUGGCUCCAGUGUCUCCCAAGAUCUAUUGCCAUUAGUUCAAAAAUUAAGUCCAGAGAAAUGCGUAAUCUAUAAUGCAAGACAAAGUGUUUUCGAUAUAUCCUGUGACAAUAAAUAUCAUUUUAUAUGUAAACAAAAAUUUAUUUAGUGUUUCUUGGAGUGGAAGGGGUGGGUGGUGAAGAUUCAGUAGUAUAAGAACAUGACUUUACCUCUUAUAUUAUUGCUAAUUAUCUACUUCUGGGAUUUGUAAAAUGUUUCAAAUCAUGUCUUGUGAUACAAUUUUCAUAUAUUUGAAAUAAUGUUUUAAAAUUGGUGGAAUUUGUUCACCUAUAUCUGUAAUAACAAUGAAUCAAGGUAAAGAAUUUCAGUACUGUUGUGACUUAAUGUGUAUGUUUAAUAUUAAAUUUAAUGUAUUUUAUGCAUAUAUUCUUGUAAAUUUUCUUUGCAGAAAUUCAAAUAAAAUAAUUUGCAUCAA